GAAGCCGCGUUUGUUGUUCUUCCUUCUGUUUCCGAGACGUUCAGGGUCUAAACGGGUUCAACAGCCGUGUCUGCAUGUCUCUACCAAUUUCCCUCUAUAAAUCGUCUUCUACUGCUCCCGAAUGAAGAUUAACAGGUAUGCCAAAGGAAAAAUAUGAUCCUCCUGAUCCCCGCAGAUGUUACACCAUCAUGCCAGCGGAGGAGGCGGCCAACGGGAAGAAGUCUUACUGGGCCGAGCUUGAGAUUUCUGGACGGGUGAGGAGCCUGAGCAGCUCGUUAUGGACACUCACCCACCUGACGGCGCUGCACAUCAAUGACAACAACCUGAGCCGCAUCCCACCGGACAUCGCCAAGCUGCCCAACCUGGUCUUCCUAAACCUUUCCUCCAAUAAGCUCCGCAGCCUGCCCGCCGAACUGGGCAAUAUGGUCUCUCUCAGGGAAUUGCUUUUAAACAAUAAUCUUUUACGAGUUCUGCCUUAUGAACUUGGGAGGCUUUUCCAGUUACAAACCUUGGGGCUAAAAGGAAACCCUUUGUCCCAAGACAUCCUCAAUCUGUACCAGGAGUCGGACGGAACCAGAAAGCUUUUGAACUACAUGCUUGACAAUCUAGCAGUGCACCCAGAGCAGCUCCCCCAAAGACCUUGGAUCACUCUGAAAGAGCGAGACCAAAUGACUCCCACGGCCGUGUUCACUGUUAUGUGCUACAACGUGCUGUGCGACAAGUACGCCACGCGGCAGCUGUACGGCUACUGUCCAUCCUGGGCCCUAAACUGGGAGUACCGCAAGAAAGGCAUCAUGGAGGAAAUCACCAGCUGUGACGCUGACAUUAUCAGCCUGCAGGAGGUGGAGACUGAGCAGUACUACACUAUGUUUCUGGAAACGCUGAAGGAGCGCGGCUACGACGGCUACUUCUGCCCAAAGUCUCGUGCCAAACUUGUUUCUGAACAGGAGAGGAAACACGUGGACGGCUGCGCUGUGUUCUUCAAGACUGAAAAGUUUACUUUGGUCCAGAAACACACUGUGGAGUUUAACCAGGUGGCCAUGGCCAACUCUGAGGGCUCAGAGGUCAUGCUGAACAGAGUGAUGACCAAAGACAACAUUGGGGUGGUCGUUCUGCUCGAGGUCAACAAGGACAUGUUCUCUGAUGGCAUGAAGCCCCCACAGGAGAGGCAGCUGAUCCUGGUGGCCAACGCCCACAUGCAUUGGGACCCCGAGUACUCGGACGUCAAGUUGAUCCAAACUAUGAUGUUCCUGUCUGAGCUGAAGAGCAUUGCAGAGAGGGCCUCGGGCUCCAUGGCGACCGGUUCGCCAACCUCCAACCCGUCCUCCAUCCCCAUCGUCCUUUGUGCUGACCUCAACUCGCUGCCCGACUCCGGUGUAGUGGAAUACCUGAGCAAUGGAGGAGUGGCUGAGAAUCACAAGGACUUCAAGGAGCUACGCUACAAUGAAUGUCUGACCAACUUCAGCUGCAACGGCAAGAACGGCAACUCAGAUGGAAGCAUCACACACAGCUUCCAGCUGAAGAGCGCCUACGACAGCAAUCUGAUGCCUUACACCAACUACACAUAUGACUUUAAGGGCGUUAUCGACUACAUCUUCUUCUCCAAGACCCACAUGAGUGUCCUGGGCCUGAUGGGACCGCUGGACAGCCAGUGGCUCAUCGACAACAACAUCACUGGCUGCCCCCACCCCCACAUCCCCUCGGACCACUUCUCCCUACUCGCCCAGCUGGAGCUUCACCCUCCCGUGCCCCACCCGCUCAAACCCCUCAACGGACUGCACCUGCCCGUCCACAGGUAGUGCAGCCGGAGAGAGCCCCACCAACCCCUUCCUGCCUCACCUUAAAAACACUGUCACCCAUCCCCCCCCAGCUUUAUACAGGACCCUGUACAGUUUACUGGUCAUGUUAAAACUCUGACACCAUCCAACCCUGAGACACACCUUCACAAAAGGAGUGAAGUAUUUGCCCGUUUGUUGCUCCUCUUUGUGUUUUUGCACACUGUAAAUGUUUGUUUUAUUAAAUCCCCCCUCCCCCCCCUUGAAAAGGCUUAAUACCAAAUGUUGGGCUUGGGACGAAGUUGCGAUGGUAACCCCCAAUGUCAAUUGUUUUAUUUGCCUUAGAUCAUAACUGCUUGUAGAUUCUGCUCCUACAACAACAAACCUUAACUAUUAUCUUUUUAAAGAAAAAACACACAAAUCAGAUUAGUGGGAUUUUUUUUUUUCUCAUUUCACAUAGAUGUGAAAUUUUAGAGUGAAAACACAACAAAAUAUUAUUGCUGCAACACAACAUGUAUGUUGUGUUAAAAUCCCAGUCGAUAGAACUGGAACCUUCUAUCACUCCUUACAAACAACUGAAACGUAGGAAUGUUUACGAGGAUGUGAAAGGUUUGUUUACAACAACAGGUCCAUAUUUUCAAUUCUGAUCAGCCAAGAUAGACCAAAAUAAAAUAAAAUAGCUGCAUUUUUAAAGAUUAAAAAGUACAGAUUGGGCGUUUUUUUUAAAUAAUGUAACAACACUAAAUUGGUGUGUUUCUUAUGGGAACUAGAAUAUGAAAUCUUCUCUUGCCACAGCUGCUUGUAAAUCACAACAACACUGAUAAAAUCAAAGA